UAGGAUUGCUGCGGGCGCCUUGUUUAAUACUUUGCAGCAACAUUUGGCUCCCCCUCGGAAUACCACGCCCCCUCCCUACAGAUUCACAGGACCCUGAUCCCUCCCUCAAACCGAAUCGGCAGCCUAUAACCUCCCCGGAUCUCCACCCAUUCCUCCACAGUUGAUUCUUUGGGAAGGUAUUGUCAUGCAAAUGAAGGACGCGUAAAAUAUUCUCUCAGAGCGCAGCGGAGGGCAGAGACUCACACGGACCGCACGGAGGACACAGAUCGCGCCACUCGGUGGAUUUCUAUCGUUUGCGUCGCUAGGGACCCGUCUAUCUGUCACAGACACCCUGGCCACAUGAGAAGCGACAUAUAGCCAGGGAACAGAUCGAACCGUUCAAGGAAAACCGACGGGGAUCCAACACGCAGGAGGCUGCUCUGUGGAGAUAGUGGCCAUACUUCCAGUUUUCCCAAGUAAAGUCGGAGGUGUCUCUCUUCUCCAUCCCCCUGUGCAGGCUACCUGCUGCUGCUACUGCUGCUACAGAAGGGGAACUAUAUUCUAAAGUCCCCUGGAUCACUUGAGAGCACCCUUCUAUUUUCUAGGGGAUUUAUGAUCUCUCAAAUAUUUACACACCAAGUGUGCCAUUUUCUCUCUUGUCCUUUUUGGGAUAUAUGUACACACAUAUAUAUAAAGUGACCUUUUUCCGUUUUAGUGGGCUACUUUAAAGUGCCUUAACUGGUUAUAAUCCAGUGUAACUGUGGCAUUGCUACCAGACCAGAGACGCUCAACAGGGAGAAGACGAUCAUUAUCAGCUUUAGAGUCCAGGCAGGAUUACUUGUUCCCCACCCUCCAGCGAGCUGCAACCAUGAGCCAGGCGGAUGUGUCAACUUGCUCCGCACCGCAAAGGGUUUUCCAGGAGGCGGUGAAGAAGGGCAACACCAAGGAGCUGCACUCUUUGCUGCAGAACAUGACAAACUGCGAGUUCAACGUCAACUCCUUCGGGCCGGAAGGACAGACGGCCCUCCAUCAGUCAGUAAUUGACGGAAACCUGGAGCUGGUAAAACUGCUGGUGAAGUUUGGUGCAGAUAUCAGACUGGCCAACCGGGAAGGGUGGAGCGCUUUACACAUCGCCGCUUUCGGGGGCCACCAAGACAUUGUGCUAUACCUCAUCACCAAGGCCAAGUAUUCCUCUGGCGCCCGGUGAUCAGACUCUGCUGUCAGGUAAAAAAAAAAGAAAAAGUAGAAAAAUUAAAACAAACAAGCAAACAAAUCAACUACAAUUUAAAUAUAAAACUGCAACACAACACACGGGAAAGCCAGGCUCUUGUAAAAGGAAAAAAACAAACAAACAAACAAAAAAAAACCAAUAAAACAAACAAAAAAAAACCAACAAAAAACAAAAACUGCCAUUAUUUACAUAGUUGUGCCAAAUCAUAUAAACAAGGAGAUAAAAAAUAGGCCUGCACAAUAAUCUUUCCUCACUGUAAACCAAACGGGGUCCUCUCUGCACUCCCGAGUGAAGCACCGCAUGGUUCAUACACAGCGCCUCAACACGAAUCUUCUAACAAAAGAAACCCAUUUCCGUGAGUUUGUUGGUACUAAAGCUUUCCUCUUGAAUGUUCGUAUUAGAUCGUGUCGUCCACUAUAAAAGAAAUCAAGUCUCUGUGUCUCGCAUGUGUGUGUUUGGACUCCAGAGAGCAGAUGGCCCAGUUUUUUUCCCUAUCCCUUGAAUAGUUUCUUUGUGGGAGCGCAGAUUUGACCUGUUGCUCCUCAUUGUUCUGUAAAACCCCCUUUUUAAGUUAUUUUAUAUGAAACAGUCACUUGAUGCUUUAUGGCUGCAUGCUGGAAUAUCUGAAAGGGAAGACACAUGAACAAGAGAAGAAGGGUUGCCCUCUGUUGGUUACCAGAGGUCUUAUUUUCCUUAAUAAAUUUUAGUGAUUCUUCUUCAUUCUUUUUUUUUUUUUUUUUUUUUAACUCAAAGAGCGGCAUUAUGGCUAUCCAACACAUUUUCAGAUGUGUAAUCAUUAUGUAACAACAACUGACUUCAUAAUUGUUGUGAAGUACUGUACACAAUAGCUUUACUUUGUUUCUGUUUCUUUUCUUUCUUUUUUUUUAAAGGAAAAGAGCGAUGAGAGCGCUCUGCAAGCAGAUCUUGCCAUGCUGGCGUCCAAUUUUUCAGGCCAGUGCGACCACUUUGCCAAUGGUCAUUGUGUUACUAAAAACCGCUGCUUUCGCUUUGUAUGAAAAAAAGACGCAUUUGGAAUUCACUUUAUAAUCUCCUUUCAGUAUUUUAUUAACAUCCUAGUCAUCACUGUGAAAGCAGGCUGGGUUUUUUUUUUUAAUUUAUGAAGGUACAUUGAGAAGAUGCAUUUUUAAAUAUUUUGUGGUUCUUCUUAAAAACGAUCUGUGUUGUGUAAGGAUAUAAUGGGUGACUCAAGCUGCUUCAGACUUUUUUGUGUAAACUGUCCCGUGUGGAGGUAAGACCUGCCACCCUCAUCCUACUGGCCACAGUUCUAGAUACCCCCACCCCCCAGUUAUAGGCUGUCGACCCCCUCGGAGAGGACUUUCUCAUCCUCCCAUUAAAGUGACUCUGUUUGGUUGCCUUUUCCCAGCUACCUCGUCUGUAAAGUAUUCUCAAGUCGUUCUGUUUUUCUCACCGCCGCCUUGUUUGGAGUCUGUGAUCAUCCGCAUGCCGAUGGGCUGUUUGUGUCUGCUAAAGUAACCUCACAGCCAGAUGGACUUCAGUAAAGAAGAUGCAAUGAACCCAUUUUUUGCAUCCUCCUUCGGGACAGUUUUCACACUACAACCAAACCAGUGCUGACAAGCAAAACAUCAUUUUGCCUUUUCUGCAAGAGAGUCUUUGGUUCUGUCUUUCUUUACACACACACACACACACACACACACACACACACACACACACACACACACACACACACACACACACACACACACACACACACACACACACACACACACACACACACACAGAGCCAUUGUUGCAUGUCUCCCCUAUAAUACUCCACUUUGCUCUCUCUCUCUGUCCUUAUCAGCCUGUAUGGUUGUUUUAGUUCCAUUUAUUUUCUCUCUUUUUUUUUAGUCAUACAAAAAAUGGAAUUGUAUCGCAUGACUUAUAAAUGCAGGGAGUUUUAUUGCACAAAAUCGGAGUCUUGAGCGCCCCCAGUGUUCGUAUGGGGUAACUGCAAGAGCCAAGGCUUUGGAAUAGUUACUACUACUGAGCAGGACCCUAAUACUGUUGGACGAUGAAGACUUAAAAAUGAUCAACAACACAUGACUAUUGCAGGAUUUCACAGAAAAGGAAAAUUAGGUCUCAUAAAUUUGCCUGCUGCAUUUUGAAAGUCAUGGCACCCUAACAUUUGUAACAAUGCUGCUUGUAUGUUUCUUUUCUUGUUAAUGUUGAUGUUGUUAUUUUAUUAUUAUUAUUUUUUGUUUGUUUUUAGAAAAAAAAAUGCCUACUGCUCAAAUGGCCAACAGAAUUUUCACAGCAGCACUGGCUGACCUCAUGAGAAGCUCUUGAGAAGGUGUGCACGAGUGUUUUUUCCCGUUAAGGUGUAUGUGCUUAUGUUUGUGUGUGUGCGUGUUGUGUGUGUCUAUGGUAUUGUGUACUUCUCAUGAGGCACGUGUCCCAUUUUCAACCUGGAACAACCGAUAAUUAACCGAAACAAUAGUUCUACUACAUUAAGGUAUAGAUUGGUAUCAGGCAACAAAUGAAAUAUGCAUCGCUUGUCUUAAACUUGAUUUUUUUCUCUUUUGUUUGAAUAUUGCACUGAUGACUGUUGUUGAAAAGUUGGCUUUUAUGUGUCAACAUUUAAAUUUUUUUUUUCUGAAUAGAAAAAAAAAAGCAGACACAACAAAAUACUAUUGUAUAAAUAUAUGCUCCAGGUGAUGAUGUCCUAAUGUGUGUAUUACUUUGUGGAAAAAACAUGAUGUUUUUCAACAAAGACGUGUGUAUCUCUGUGAUUGGGUGUAUGUAUAUAUACAUAUGGAUAUAUAUAUCGAUGCUGAAGAUGAUGAUAUGUUGGGGCACUUUCUUUUCUGAAGUGCUGUCUUCCUGAUUUUGUUUGAAAGGGGAAUAAUACAUUUGAUGGUAAGAUCAUUGUAACAUAAUAAAGAAUUGCACGGUUGUGCAGUUAUUUGGCUCGCUAUGGUCAUAACAUUUAUGACGUAAGGAGCCUGCUGCCGGAUUGGUGUACACAUUGAGAUGAUUUUUUUUCUAUAAAAAAACAAAAAGGAAAAAAAAGGAGAAAAAAGAAAGAGAAAAAAGAAUGAAAGAGUGCUGACUUCUUUGGGCCAACUUGUGUUUCUGGUCUUGCUUCAUUUCAAGCAGGAGGAAACGGUUGAUUUUUCAUGUGUGAUGCAGAUGUUCCAUCAUCAUGUCUGAUUUUGGAUUUUCUUUGUGUGUUUGUUUGUAUUCUUUUAUUUUUGAACAUUUGUAACACUGUGAUGAUGACAUCAUGUCAUGUGGAGAUGAGUGCUGUAUUAUUUUUGUACGUUUGUGUACAAGCCAGUAAAGAAAUCAUUAAACUUAAAA